UAUGGAACAACUGGAGAGGGGAGUCGAUAAAGUCUCUUUGAGACAUUCGCUGCGCCGCGUCUCUCGGGAGUCCUCAGAGGGAUUACUUGUAAUCCGCAUCGCCGAGCGAGAUGGAUCGCAAAUCUGUCAUCAGCUCGUGAACGCGCGCGGCAUUGUGGGAUGCUAGCAUAGCGUGAGCCCGGUAGAACAAAUGCAUUAUGGGAAAUUUGCAACGUUUUUACCCUAUACCUACUACACGCAAUUAUUUUCAACUAUUUUCGAUACAUUCUCACCGCUUAAUUACCGUGAAUCUGACAACAAUGGAACUUGAAAUCGAAAGCGAAUUGACUAUAGAACCUGAAAGUUGGGAGGCUGGUAUCAGUGACGAAAUAUGUAUUUGUGGUAUUCCAUCAACUGAAGAUAUUGUUGAGUGCAGUGGGCCGAGUUGCUCGAUAGGAUGGUACCAUCGCAAGUGUGUGGGUCUCGUAGUCCCACCAGCAGCCGAUGAUGUUGGUUGCAAUACCAGUCGCUCCGCUCCCUCGGCCUCAACUUCGUCUUCAGCGAACGAUGAAUCCGCUUCGUGGUUUUGCGAGUUUUGCUCAACUGAUUUACCUCAUUCUACUUUUUCCUCAACUGUGCCAAUAAGUCAAACAAGCUCCAAAGAUGCUUCAGCAAGUGUAGCAAGUGCUCCAACGUCAACCAGUGAUAUCCCUGCUCCAACCCACAGUGAUCAUCCCCAAAAGGUGAAACGUACUACAAGAGCAAAACUUGGAAUGCCUUCCAAAUCAAGGGACGCAAUUGUGUCUGAAGCCGUCUGUUACGGAAAGGUUGCAAUCCAGGCCCUGCUUGAAGACAAGUUCUACAUAAAUUCAGUGAUAGGGUCUAAAGCUAUUGAAAUUGGGAAGGACGUUGAUACGGAUUCAAACGUUUUUGAAGAGGUCACCCAGGAAAUUGUGAAUGACUUUUUCAAUAUUCUGAUGUCUGCGAAAGAUAAACAUGCUGGUCCAGCAGCCGAUGCACAUAUUAUGAAGGCAUUCCAUGACUACAGGAGCAGAGAGUCUGUCACUAUGUUGCUGAGAAGGCUUGUCCAAGUUGACAGUGAUGCAACUGCUCAAUCAUAUUUUGAACAACAUUUUCUGAACUUCAUACUGGAGAAGACUCUGAAUGCAUGUAAGAAAGAAAGUGAAGGGAAUGAAGCUGCCUCACCGUUGUCAUCACAUGAUGAGCAGGUCUUACGAUAUGUCGCUGGCUAUGUGCCCCAUGCCCUUUCAAGAAAGUAUGCCAGGAUAAACUCUGCAAGUGCUAGGAGGAUUUGUGCUACUCUCCAAGAAUGGAAGAAUGAAGACGAUGUACACACCGAAGCAGAAUCUUUUUUACAAUACUCGUCCGUCUGGCUAACAAUCCAGAAUAGAGGAGGACUCUUCAUCGUCACGGAUGACAUAUACAUGCUUUUUCGAGCCAUGGAGUUUGUCACCAAGAAGUUCCUGAAUGUUGGCUACAUACAGCGGAAGGAUGAAGUCAUGAAAGAUACAAUUGUAAAAAACAUUUAUGGCAGUGAACAUGUACAAAGACAGUGGCUGAAAUGCACUAUGAAUACCAACUUGGAAAGCUAUGAAGUAGAUGGAUUGUUUGGAAGUGUGGUAAAUUAUUGGGUAAAGAUAAGGGUUUCGGCAUAUGUUCGUUCGUAUGUAAGUCUGAGGAAGAGAGAGCAAGGAAAGACAAGAAAGAGUAAGAAGGCAUUACGAAAGAGUCUGAAGCAAAAAGAAGGAAUGUAAUUGAUAGGUCUUGAUAGGGAUUCAGGAACC